AUGCGCUACACUCUCAUCAACGGCCUGCUUAUGCUGGCUGCCGGCCAGUGGGAUCCUUCCGGCCAGUACCGCAAAGGUCAUUAUGUGAACGGCGAAUUUAUCCCGAACAACGGCGGUGAGGUCGGCACCUAUGAGAACGGCCAGUACAAUAAUGGCCAGAACUACAACAAUGGCCAGUAUAACAAUGGUCAAUACAACAACGGCCAGUAUAACAACGGUCAAUGGCACUCCAACAACCAGCAGAACGGCUGGACUGAUGCCAACGGCCAGUGGCACACAAACACUAAGCGUGGUCUUCCAGGCGUCGGUGUUCCUGGUGUUGGUGUUCCUGGCGUGGGUAUUCCUGGCGUGGGUAUUCCUGGCGUGGGUAUUCCUGGCGCCGGUGUUCCCGGAGCCAGUGUCCCCAAAACCAGUGUUCCUGGCAUUCCCGGUACGGGAGCCCCUAACGCUGGUGUCCCUGGUAUGACAGGCGCCAACCGUAUGAACCACUUCGGAACUCCUGCUACUGGUGCUACUGGUAUCCUCCGUCGCUGGAUCCCCGACCAUGCCCGUUACAACAACGGGCAGUACAACAACGGCGAAUACAACAAUGGACAGUAUCAAAAUGGGCAGUACAACAACGGCGAAUACAACAAUGGCGAGUACAACAAUGGGGCUGGCCGCUCUGGCGUAACUGAGAUUGAGGGCCCCUCCGGCUCUAUUACCGUCUCCCGCCGCUGGAACCCUGAUAACGAGAACGAUCGCUACAACAACGGUCAAUACAACAACGGUCAGUACAACAACGGCCAGUACAACAACGGCCGGUACAACAACGGUCAGUACAACAACGGCCAGUACAACGGUCAGUACAACAACGGCCGGUACAACAACGGUCAGUACAACAACGGUCAGUACAACAACGGUCAGUACAACAACGGUCAGUACAAUAAUGGAGCUGGCCGCCAAAUUGCCCACAUUGUUGGCCCUUCUGGCUCUAUCACCGCCCCUGUCCGUCGCUGGAUUCCAGAAAAUGACCGCUACGACGAUGAUCGAUACAACAACAACGACUGGGACCGUGAAAACCGUGACGCCGCCCACAUUGCCGAGGCCUUGACGCCGACUGUCGUUGUCCGACGCUGGACGCCCGCUGAAGAGGACGUGAUCGACGAGCAAAACCGCCUGGCUGAGAUUAACGCCGAGCGCCCUACUGGUAUUUUUGCUCGUUUGUGGCCCUCCACCUGGCCUCGCCCUUGCGGUCGCUAUGAUGCCAGCUGCAACUACAACGACCGCUACAAUGACAACGAAGACUAUGACAACUAUGACCGCUGCAAGAAUGGCGACCGUACCGACCGCAACGGCUGGUCCUGCAGCAGCGACUGGAACCUCAACCGUGCCAAUCCCUCCCCUAGUGUAAUUAUCGCACGCAACCAGCCCAGCUACGACAACACUGAUAACAACUACAAGAACGGCCACACUGACAACAAUGACUAUGACUACAAGAACGGUCACAAUGACAACAAUGACUACGACCGCAAGACCAGCCACUACGACAACGAUUCUGGCUAUGUCAGCGACGCUGAGCGCGACCACCAGGCCCACGCUUUCGCUACCCCCACUGCCACUGUCUCUGCCAACUAA